GCCGUACAAAUAUAAUUGUAAAAGGCUAUGUGAUAGUAAUUUUCCUUUUCUUAACUCCUAAAAAGAAUAAUAAACUGUUUUUGUAAUAAUUUUCCUUUUCUAGUGUCAAAAAAUGUAAUAAUAAUUUUUUUUUUCUAAAUCUUUUUAAAUCCUAAUAAAAGAGAAUUGUAACAUAUUUUUGACAAAUGUUACAAUCUUAAUAAAUUAAUUGACACAUGUUGUAAUCAUAUUAAUUAGGAAAUUUGAAGAACCAAGCUUUAUAUAAUAAGAUAAGUAUAUAUUUUUUUAUGUUUAGCUUUUAAGUUUUUAAUUUUAUUUCGUAUAUAUCUAAACCAAUUUUGUAUAAUCUAAAUCCAAACGAUAUAUAAUUAAUUUAUGGAUUCUAGGAUGUAAUACAAAACCGAUCUGAAACCGAUGUGUUAUAUCCAAACUCAACCCAUACUAGUAAAUUUACUAGAAUGUAACCUAGGAAUUGUUAUAAAAUAGAACCAAAAUCUGAAAUAUCCAAUCCGAAGCCAACGUCCAAGUUUUAAUAUUACGUAUUUACGUACUCCAUCUUCUUGAUUAAUUCGUUUAUUAUGCAAGUUGACAUGAAAUCUUCAUAUUUGGUAAAUGGCAUGGGAUAUUGGAAUCAAUCUAUAAGGCCCAUCCAAUCAACGGAUAACAGACACUCACUUCUGUAGCUGUAGGACCUACAGACUCUCUAUUUAAACACCACCUGUGUUCUCCGUUUUUCUUCAUUCAUUCAUAAAUCUAAUUAUUCUCCCUUUUGUGGUAACCACUCAAAAGUUCUACUACCUCACUCUCCAUAUGGCUUUUCUUGUUAUUCUUCUAGCUCUCUUAGUGUUCUCCCAUUGUGGUUACAGCCAACGUUCUCCUUCGCCAGGAUACUACCCCAGUUCUCGAGUACCGACUUCACCAUAUGAUCGUGAUUUUCGAACUCAAUGGGGAUUUCAACACCAGCGCAGAGAACACGAUAUAACCACUCUUUGGCUCGACAAAGCUUCUGGGAGUGGAUUCAAGUCUAUCCGUCCGUACAUAUCGGGUUACUUUGGUGCUUCCAUUAAACUUCAAUCAGGCUACACAGCUGGAGUUGAUACGUCUUUCUUUCUCUCGAACCACCAAGAGCAUCCUGGAGACCACGACGAGGUUGAUAUCGAGUUUCUAGGGACAACGCCAGGGAAACCUUAUAGCCUUCAGACUAAUGUAUUCGUUAGGGGAAGUGGUGACCGAAAUGUCAUCGGGAGAGAGAUGAAAUUUAACUUGUGGUUUGAUCCUACUCAAGAUUUUCACCAUUACGCAAUUUUGUGGAACCCUAAUCAAGUAGUAUUUUAUGUAGACGAUGUACCCAUACGUACGUAUGAUAGAAAGAAUGAAGCUAUCUUCCCUACAAGACCUAUGUGGGUGUACGGAUCGAUAUGGGAUGCAUCAGACUGGGCCACGGAAAACGGGAGGAUCAAAGCCGACUAUCGAUACCAACCAUUUGUUGCGCAGUAUAGAAAUUUCAAACUAGCGGGAUGCACGGCAGACAGGUCUAACUCAUGCAGACCACCAUCAGCUGCACCUACGGGGAACCGAGGACUGAGCCAGCAACAAAUGGGGGCAAUGGCAUGGGCACAGAGGAACUUCUUGGUCUAUAACUAUUGCCAUGAUCCUAAAAGAGACCAUACGCAGACACCAGAGUGUUAAAACAAACAAACAAACAACCAAAAGAAGAAGGUUUUAAUACUUAUUUUGCAUUAUCAAUUAUACGUUUAAGUUAAUAAUAGGAGGUAUUGAGACGGGUCCACACUGGAAACUGGAGUGCAGCAGUUGAGCGUCCCGUCCUCCAUGAUUUGAGAUUAAAAAAAGGUUUUUAUAAUCUUCUUUUUUUCUAUUUGUGAUUUUUUAAUAAUUGUUGAAAUACUGUGUGAUAUUUUUAAUAUAUGGUAUUGUAUAGUUGUGUAACCCCAAAAAACAAAGAGAGUGGUUGGCUUGAACUUUAUGCUGGAUUAUAUAUUAACAUGUGAACCUACAAUCGCCAUAAUAAGGAUAGAAAAUAAAAAGGACAAACACUGAAUUGUAACAACGCAGUCUAAUGGUUGAUUAGUGAAUGACAAAUUGAUUUACAAAAUAGUUUUGGCUGAUGAAUUUUAGCAGCAACAAUAUGCAUAUAUAUAUAUAUAUAUAUUGAUGGGUUAUUUUUGACAACCUCAAAUAACGAUCUACCGGUGUACUUUCAAUGUGGCUCAUGGAAUAAGCGGUUAGGCAGAUAUUUCAUUUCUAAACGGUUAAUUAGGCAGAUUUUAUUCAACACAUACAAACAAAAUUGAUGGGUUAUUUUUGCAAACAGAGUAGGAAUGUUUUUUUUUUUGGUAUUGUAAAAGGAACGGUAGGAAAUGUUGCGUAAUAUAUCGUACUAGUGUUACCCGUGCAUACGCACGGAAAUAUUUUUUCUACAAAUAAAAUUAGUUUACAUUACAUACAUAUAAUUAACAUGUAAAAAGUUAGCCAAAAAAAUUAAAGUUAGCAUAAAAGCAUUAACACAUUUAUCACUGAUUAACGAAAGUUAGAUCUGUUAAAAAGUUAAGAAUGUAAAAUAAUUUGAGUAAUCAAAAUUACUUUAUAUGUAAGUUUGAAAAUAUGUGAUUUUUAUAUAGAUGAUACAUUAUACAUCAGAUAAGACUGAAACAUCAAACAUCUGUUAGUUACUCUUAUCAAAAUGGCAUUGUGAAAGAAAUCUAUUCUUAAGUUCCAAAAAAAAAAGUUCUUAAUUGACAUAUCUGGUAAAUUUUACCAGAUUUAUCAACACUUACACAAUCACAAAGGCAUAUUAUUAAUUGACACUUACACUGGCUCAAGAAAUCUGGUUUUGGAAGUAGCGACUCCAUUCAAAGGUGGUUUGCAGCUCCAUCUAGAAGAAUUACAUGGGUCUUUGAUAGCUCAUUUACUGUUUCUUUUGUAACAUCCUCAUCUGAUGUUCUAAUGCCUGAACAAUAUGUUAGAAAUGUUUUGAGUACAACAAAAAUCUAUCUUAACCACAGCAUGAAUAUAGUUGGAAAACCCGAAUCUAAUCCAGUGACAUCUUCAAUUUGUUUCCAGCAAAAAAAAAGGUGAAAUAGUUGAAGAUAUGUAUAGACGAUGGAAGAGAUGUGUCUAAACCUUUACCAAAUGCAACUACUUAGAAUCUAUGAAUCAGAUAAAUAGCUUUAAUAAAUGACCUAAGAGAGGCUAGGGGAAGCUAGGAAAUGUGAAUUUCAUCGUGAGUUUAAGCCGAAACGGUUUAGAGAUCGAGGGUUUUGGAUGACAAACUGAGGAUUUUUAGUAAGAUAGAUUUGUGCUAUUUUGAAUUAGCGUUUUAAAAUUGAAGGAGUAUACUCAUGUACUGUUUUCGAUGGAGAGUUUUAUUAUUUGUUUGUAAAAUCCAAGAGAUUAGGAUAGGAGUAUGGAAAAUAAAUUAGUCUGCAAAAAAAUAAAAAUAAAAAUAAAAAAUAAAUCUAGAUGAAGAAAG